AUGGACUCCUCAAGAUCAGCCCUCGAAAACUCGGACCUCGACAAGCUCAACGACAAGGACAAGCUCGAGCUCCGCCAGUUCCUCGCCAACGAGCAACAGAGAUCCCAGAUCCAAUCACAGAGAACCAAGACUAACAGAGGUGCCAACGUGACAGAAACCCAUGGACUCACCGAGAUCUGCUGGAAGAAGUGCAUCACUGGCUCGAUCCGCAACUCCAAGUUGGACAAGGGCGAAGAGGGAUGCCUGGCCAACUGCGUUGACAGAUUCCUUGACGUCAACUUUUUGACGAUGAAGCACCUCAACAACAUGCGUUCCGGUUAG